AUGGCAAAUCUGGAAGCAUUCCUUAGGACUGAUGGAUCUGGCCCUUAUAGCUACACUAGAAACUCUACCCUUAAGUUUUUCACAUCUCUUUCUCCAGAAAGAACAUACUUUGCAUUGGGAUUUCCAGGUUCUUUCGAUGGUUGCUUGUUUCUCAGUUCCUCUCUACACUUUGUCCACUUUUCAUAUACUAAUUUGCAAUGGCUAUCUAAAGUACAAAAAGAAGUGGAGGACAAGAAAUCUCCUGCUUGGAACAAAGGGAGGAUUUUCUACUUAAAUUCUUCCCACAAAGUUGUGAAAUCUUAUGAAGCUCAAUAUUUCAAGGACAUGGAGAAGUUUCUAAAUGCUAGAGCACAAGAGAUUGUCCAUGGAGGGUUAAUGGCCAUUAUUGUUCCAGCUUGCCCCAAUGGAACUCCACAUUUUGAAGUUUUCAUUAACAAGGCUAUAGAACUUCUCGGAUGUUGCCUCAUGGGCAUGGCCAAAAAGGGUAAGACAAGUGAAUAG